UCAGCUGUGAGCCUGACGCCUGCGUUGCUCCAGUUGCACAGAGUGGACGUCCAUCCCAACACAGCAAGAGCCUCUCUUUUUUUUUCCUCUUUUCUUGUUUAAACCAAGGAGGAACUCGCCAUGGGACUGCUGCUGCCUUGCCCACCCUGCCUGUGAGCAUCACCUCCCUGCCAAAGAUGCAUGGGCAGCUUCCAUUACCUCAAGAGUUGACAACUUUGGUUUGAGCUCUUCUGAAUGAGGAACAUCUGUGAAAUCCCCACAUCUUUGGCUUUACCAUUUACGAUGAAAGUGGUACCUGGGAGACAGACCCGAAAAAUGAGCCUAAUGGAUAUCACUAAGAUGUUCUCCAUGCUCCAGCCCAGAGAAGAUGAAGAGGACAAUGGAGAAAGCGAGGAGCUGAACCGAGCAGUGUCUGAGGAUGACUACCAAACCCUGGAUGUUCUCUUGUCCCAAGACAGGUACAAGAAGUUCAUCAACCGGAGGAGUGGCUGGGGUGUACCCAGCACCCCGCUGCGUCUGGCUGCCACCAAGGGCCACUUCAGGAGUGUGAAGGUCCUGCUGGCCCAUGGGGCAGAGGUGGACAGCCUGGAUGUGAAGGCUCAAACCCCACUCUUCAUGGCUGUCAGCAACGGUCACCGGGAAUGCGUGAAGGUCCUCCUGGAGGCAGGAGCCAGUCCUGCUGGCAGCAUCUACAACAACUGCUCCCCCCUGCUCAUCGCUGCGAGGGACGGGGACGUGGCCAUCCUGCAGCAGCUGCUGGACCACGGCGCGGAAACCAACGUUCAAGCCAGGCUGCCCGAGUGGGCUGCCAACUCAGCAGCUUGUUCCGGUCCCCUCUACCUCGCCGCCGUGUACGGGCACCUGGAGUGCUUCAAGCUACUGCUGCUCCAUGGUGCUGACCCCGACUACAACUGCACCGAGGAGAGGGUGAUCGCCCAGAUCAAGGAGCCCAAGACUCUGCUGGAAACCUGCCUGAGGCACGGCUGCAGGAGCGAGUUCAUCAAGCUGCUCAUUGACUUUGGAGCCAACGUUCACUUGCCCAAUGUCGUGGUGGAUGAGGUGGCACCUCGUAGCAAGGGCCUGGAGCUGCUGCUGCAGGCGAGAGCUCAUCCCAAGUCCUUGAUGUCUCAGUCCCGGCUGGCGAUGAGACGUCUCCUGAAGCAGGCUGGCCAUCUGCAUGCCCUGGGAGAGCUGGAGAUCCCAACGGUCCUGGAAAACUACCUCCAACACCAGCCAUGAGGCACAGCCCACCACCAGAGACACCUGCCCCAUACACAGGUCGAGCACCUGAAUCAAAGGCCUCUUGGACACACGUGCAGGGUGUGAAACUGCUGUGAAUUUGUGGUCACAAAGUAAUUUUUCUUAGGAGGUGUCUCCUAAAAGCUGUGCCUGUGUGAAAAGGUGGGCAGGAGCUCCUGACCCUGAGGACAAGUCAGUGCAAAGCCAGGCAGGGACUGGGUAAGUGUUCAGAAUCUCCAGCUCUCGUCUCCUGUCCUCAACUGUCUUUAAACAUUAUCUUACUUCAAAUGUGGUUCACGUUACGGCCGAGGGGUCUUUUCUCAGGGGGCAGGAUGUGUUGGUUUUAAAAUUAAAAAUGUUGCUACUCUUCUUAUUAAACUAACAUGACCUA